UCGUAUCGUGAAAAGACUGAUUGCUCUGAACAUGUAUCGCUACAGAUAUUUUCUGGAUAAACAGCGCCAUUUACGCUAUUUCUGUGCUGAGAAGAAAUUUAAAAAUCUUAAUCAAGCGGCCAAAUUCUAUUCUCCUCUUUUGGGUGUGAAAGAAUCCACAAUGUACCAGCACCUCACAAAACACCAAUUUUUAGCCGAAUUGGAUCCAGCUGGUGUACGUAAAAAGGUUGAAUACUUGAGGUACCUCAACGCGAAAAAUGAAGAAAUAAUUCAACACCCGGGUGUGCUGUAUCCGCAUUUGAUAACGCUUGAAAAUAGGACAGAAAUCUUGCGAGAAUGUGGAUUCGUUGAAUCGUUGAACAUUGUAACUCUCUCAAAAUAUGUUAAGCUUGUCAAGCAACGUAUUAAAACAUUGAAAAUGAACCACCUUAUCCCUCUAGAUUUGGACAUGAUAGCGCAGCUAACAAAUCAAUUUGAUCCAAAAGUAUCCCCUAGAAUUGAACAUAACGACGAAAUCCUUCUGCAAGAUUUGCGAGAAAAAUUUCUCAAUGAAUUUCUUCGCAAAAGAUUAGAUCUGACGGAAGCGGAGUUCAAGAAACUGUGGAAGUCGUAUGCAAAUGUGAAACAUAAAAGUUUCGGUCAUACCCAACGCGUGAUAGAUAUUCUCCAAUACGACUAUAAAUUUGAAAGGGAUAAAAUUGUGUCAAAUUUGUAUUUGCUAUAUGCUGAUCCGGAAAAUUUACUGCGCUAUCCAAAGGUAGUUCCUUCGAUCGCUGGUAUGGAUAUAGCAGAUGUGAUGUUGAGACAACCAAAAAUAUUGAUGGUCCAAUGCGAUAACGUGAAGGAGGUUUUAGACUUGCUGAGUAAGAAUAAAAUCGACCACGCAGGUAUUCUGAAAUAUUCCACAAUACUUACCUUGUCGCCGAGUACUGUGUCUACUCGUUUGGAGGAGCUGCGGAAGGUUAGAGAAUUUGACAUUCUAUUCGAACAUCCGAAAAUUUUAAAAUUGAUAGCUUAUCAAAGAAAGGCAGCUAUCCGCUUGGACUUUCUUCAACAAAUGAAAUUUCGUUGUGCUUCGCUGAAUGUCCUCACAAGUCACUCCGAAUGUUUUGAAAAAUAUGUCCGGGAUGGUUAUGACAGGAUAAAAGGAAAAGACACCGCUCACUAUCUUGGCAUGGUAUUCAAGAAUCGAGAAAGUGAAGCUUUCAAACAUCUUAAACGACAUCCAAACUGGUUCCAUGUUCCGAUUGUACAGAUGCAAGAAGUAUUGCAACAUGUACUGGACCACGGCUUUGAUUUGGAAGAUAUAUACGAUAACGUUCAAAUUCUUCUGUAUCCUCUAUCACGAGUGGAUAGAAAAUUGGAUAAAUUACUCGAGUCUAAAAAUCUGGGAAAACCACACGAGCAUUUGGGAAUUGAACUGACGGCAACCACCCCGUCACAGAUACUUUCCUUGUGCUUGUAUAUGAUAGAGCUAGAUUUUCACUUUACCGGCGAUGGAGUGUGGCCAGAGCAAAUCCAACAGAGUGACUCAGCCACAUCCACGAGAAUUGAGCUGCCGAAAAAUUUGAAUAAGGAGUACAAAUACGGAAAACACCCAGCAACGAGUGCGAGUUCUGAAAAGAUGAAGAUUGUAUAUAAUAAUACAUGAUAAUAGCAUGGUCGAAUUAUUAUUUUUGAAU